UGGAUUCUACCCAUGAUAGCUAUCACGAUCGAUGAAGCUGUUUAUCGCUUAGAUAACAACAAUUAGUAUUAUAAAUGCAUGAAUAAUCCUUUUCAAGUACGUAGUUACAUUCUAAAAGGAUCAGACGUUGCCAGAUUUUUUCGCUGCUCUUAAAUCAAUAAACUACAAGUCAAACAAAGAAAAGGAGAAGGACUUUUUUAUUAUUUACAGGGCAGUUGCAAUGUGUUUACAAAACAGUGUUAAUAACCUCAUAAAUUGAAAUAAAUUUAGGUACUUCUAGUGUUUUAGAAUGGGAAAUUCUAAGUCUAAGAAAUCUCAGAAGGAACCGGAUAAGUUUUUCGAAAGGGAAAAAUGGAGGGAGCAGAAACGAGAGGAGAGAAGGCAGAAAAAUGCCAACCCUGCGAAUAGAAGAUUGGGAAGGACGGAGAGGCCAGUGCCGACGACGAUGCAGUUGGCGAGCGCGCCGCGGGCGUCGGCGGCGCACGCGCCCGUCCCGCCGCCCGCGCACGUCCGCUCCUACGACGACGAGGCGCUGGACCACAUGCGCUACCAGCUACUAAACGACUCUGAAGCCUUUUUGCUCAACAACAUCCUGUUAUCGGUGCAAUUUUUCGAAAAUUUUGAAAGAGAGAUGUAUCAAAUCAAGAACAAUCCAAUGAGCGAACGCGAGCACGGCAUCGACGAGGCGAUGGUGCGGCAUCACAAGCACGUAUUUUUUGCGGACAGGCUGCAGGAGUGCGUUCAAGAACAUGUAUAUUACCGCAAGCAACGCGGACACCGCGAGCCGCUGCUGGCUCCCAGACUAUACAUCAUAUACGACAAUAUCGAGGCUAGGGAGCCUGGUGACACGUCAGACUACAGCGCGGUUCUUGAUGCACCUUUCUAUAAACUACGCGUAGAGGAUUGUAGAGAACCAGGAUAUGUUAAGUUAAAGAAGCUUGAAGUACUAGAAAGCUCUCUAUCAAAAGAAGCACAAGAAGAAGAACACAGAGACUCGUUUAUGAAUUCAGAUGAUAGUCUAUACACUGAUUCAGAAAAAGAGUCAAAUGGAUCAGAUGAUGCUCCGUCAGAAGGAAAAGGAGAAGAGUUACUCCAAAAGCUUAAAAACAAGAUCGAGUCCAACAAUGCAAGUACUUUUAUCAAACCCAACGCUAAAAUAAAUCAACAUAUAGUAAAUGAUACAGGAAGGAGACGCAGUGGACCGAUAAAACCGAUAACUUCACCUGGAAAUAUUUCAAAUAUGAAAGCUAUAAAACUAACAACUCCGUCACUGCUUGAAGAGGUUGUAACUGAAAAUACUUUUAAGGUAGAGAAUAAAGAUAAGGAGACAAACGAAAUUAAAGGUAGGAAAUCAAUUUUAAAGACGUCUCGAAGGCUGAGCGGACCUGUCAAGGAUGUUAAAGUCAUGGGCAAUCAGAUACGUCUUGACAAUACAAUUGCUGAAGACACAGAGACGUCGGGUUACCGAUCCACAUCUAGCAGUAGACAAGAAUAUGAAAAUGAUUCUGACUAUGGAUAUGCCACGAUCAAAGAAUCUACAACACCGAAAAAAGUAGAGAUAACCAGUCAAUCUAACUACGCACUUAGCUCGGGAGUAGUACCAGAUGAAUGCUGGACAUCCGUUCAAAUCCGCUCCUUUGAAAACUGGAGUGAAGACGAGGAUGAAGAAAUAGAUGAUGCAGAUUCAAAAUUGUCGCCAUGUAGAAAUCUAUUCGAAACCCAUCAUUACUUAACAUCUACAAGCUUUAUGGCGAACUUUGUUGACAAUUUUAUGAUAAAAUUGGGAUCAAGCCUAGGACUCACUCCCGACUCUGUGAACAAUGCUAUGACGCAAGGAGCUAGUAUAUACUGUGACAUGAUAAAAAAUGGCGAUAAAAUGAGUUAUGAAGUAUUUCCCGCUCUUUUUACUUCGUGGCCAAAUGCAGCUAAUAGAUGGAUUAUACGUGAAAGGAGAAGAAUCACUAAUCCUCGAACCAAUUUUGCAUAUCAAUGGCCGUCCAAAAAUAUUGUCAAUAAAGCUAUAAAUUUUGGGUGUUUACUUGUACCUAUUGGAUUCAGGCCCAAACGAGGAUUGAACCCUGAUCAGAAGUUGCAGUGGCGAGUUACAUUUCCUGCUGCCGAACGUUAUCUAGAGAGUUGUUUAGCGCAUGCUCACCUAAGAUGUUAUUUAUUUGCACUGGUAUUGCAUAAGACUUUUAUGGAAAAUCAAACCUCAAAAAUUGGCAUAGACGCAAAUCAUUUGAAAAAUCACUUAUUCUGGCAGUGCGAAGACAAUUAUGCAAGGUGGCCAGAAGACCGCCUAGGCGAAACUUUUAAAUUGUUCAUAGACACUUUUUACAGUAAUUUCACGCAAGGAAGAUUCCCAAAUUACUUUAUUGAUCAUUGCAACGACUUUAAAACUAUACCCAAUCCUCUAUUACGUGAAGUACAACGACAAUUAUUUGAUAUUAAAGAGUCUCCUGUUAUGCACAUGCUUUACGCUCUAGAAAAAGUCAAAUACACUAAAAAAGAGUUUUACCCAAAGUUCAACUGCCUCAAACUCUAUGAAAUCCUGACAUGCCGGAAUCCUUUGCGAAUACUGAAUCCAAACAUCAAUAUGCCUGUUUCAAAUCGUAAAACCAGUACGGAUACUGAAGACGAAUGGGACAAUAGGGGCAUGGGGAAAAUGAACGACAAAAAUUAUCUGUGGAAUAAAGAACGGCAUCGACAAAUACAAGAUACAAAACGUAAGGGCCAACUGUAUAGCAAGAAACACAAGACGGACGGAAAAAGUGAAAAGCACGAAAUUAAAAUUGAUAAAAAUAGAAUAUUGCCGAGGAAAAUGGAGUCAGAGCGAAGACGUCUGGUGUUCGAGUUUUUUAUUCCUCACUUCAUUGCAAUGGCUCGCUCCAGCGAAACAUUCGGCGAUAUUCGUCAAGCAUUAAUCUAUUUGGAGCAAGCACAAAGGCUUUGCAUGCUUUUGAUGGAAGAACCCGCUGGUGAGAUUACCGCGAAUGGUUACCUAGAUGUUAUUCGCGACAAACUGACGGAUUGCCAGAGAAAGUUGGUCAAUCAAGUCGGUUACAGAUUGACACCGAGAAGUGAAAAGCAUGUGAACCGCAUAGCUAACUCUCAUGUCCAUCUUAUUCGCAAACCACGCCAUCGGUUCGAGCACAUUAUCAAUCAGGAUUCACCGACUGACAGUGCUGGCAUCCCCGCCUUCACUUUCGGGGACAUUGAGUACACUGGGAAGUCUAGUGCUUUAAAUUUAACAGAUACUUAUGAUGAUGAAGAAUCAAAAUUGUAAUUUAAUAUUUUAACCGUCGCGGGUAGAAAUACCUACCUGGAUAACAAAUAUACCGUAACUAAAAAAUAUUCUUCCUAAUGCAUGAAGGUACAUUUUAUUCUAUCCAUUUUAUUUGGCUUAUUGGGUACCUAUUAUUUGACUCGUCAAAGGUAUGACUGGCGAUUGUGAUGCGGCGUUCCGUGGCCGUAUCAUAUACCUACAUAUACCUAUAUUAACUAUUUAUAAAUACCUAUGUAUAAAUCAUCUUACAAUUCAAUUUGAAUGUGGAUGCCACAUUACAAUUGUCUCUUUGAGAAAUUGAAUAAGUAACAUAUUCUAAGAUUUCUAAGACUUUCACUUCAACUUUGUUUGUAGUGUAGGUUUGUAAAUUUAUAAA